CCGUUCUUAACUAAUUGAAGUGCUCUUUGAAUUUGCUAGUAGUAAUAUUAACUUACAAAAUUCAUAAAAAUGUCUAAGCACUCAAAUUUUCUUGAUGGAAAUGAUAGGUUUAAAGAACAGAACCUAAGAUUUGUUCGUAAUGAUCUUCAAGACAACAUAAAUCAGUUCUUCGGAAGGUCGGGAACAUCCGCAAAUAUUCCACCACGCGACUCCAUGUUAGUACAACCUAAACCCGCCAUUGCGGCAGACAUUGCUGAAACACCCCACUUCAGAAGUUUAAAACUGGACGAAUGUCGAAACUUUCUGCGUCAUUUAGGCGUCAAUCGUCGUACAGCCCAUUCUUUGGCUGUACGUACUCUCAAAUGUCCCGACUUUAAUCUGCGACAGUUUCAACAAUCUAGAUUCCACAGGAGCGUUCAAAUGGGCGACAUCCAGCAAGCAAUGGUGGAUUCUGAAAUAGUGCGUGAUAUAGAGGUGUUUUGCGAGCAGCGUUUGAAUGAAAAAGAGAAACGUAACUCGUUGUCGCCCGUGCAUAUCGCCACGUUGCGAGAAGACAGAGAGCAGAAGCCAACGACAAACACAGGCUUUCACAGCGCCUAUGGAAUUGGAACACGCCGUCCCUACCAACGGAAUAAAGCUGAUAUUAUGCACGGCAAAGACUACAAAUUAAAUUUUUUUAAUCGUGAUUACCGAAUAAAUUAUAAUCUUGAGGAUUAUCGCCAAGAUCGAACUGACCGGAAUUGUGAAAUGGCGAUCUUGAACAAUAAUCGCAGAGGUACACGGCAAAGAUCGAAUAGUUCCAGCACAACCUCCAACUAUUUCCAGUCACGUAACAACAGUUGGAAUUCUCUUAAUAAUGGAAAUCAACCCAAUAAUAUUUUGGAGGAUUAUCGCCCAGAUCGAAGAGACCAAAGUAGUGGAAACUCAAACGACGAUCGAAUUCGUACACCAAAGAGAUCGAAUAGUCCUUACUAUUUCCAGACAGGAAACAUUUCCCCCAAUAGUUGGAGCUUCCUUAGUCAUAGAAACCAAUUCAAAAACGAUCUAGAGGAUUAUGAUAGAAAUAAAACUGAACUGAAUUAUGGCAACUUGAACAGCAAUCGGAAUCGUAAACGCCAAAGAUCAAGUAAUGAUUACCAAAAUCCCAUAAACAUAAAUAAUUAUGAUAAUUUUAAUGCUAAUCGCGGCUCUAUUUUAAUGCGAAAGGAAAACCGAUCAAGAUCGAGCAUUAAUAAGACUUUCCAAAGAAAUACUGAUAUGAAUACAUUUCAAGUCAACAAUAAUGAAUUUAAAGACCACAAAUUGCGACGCCAUAACACUUUGGUGUACGAUCCACCGCCAAGAUCUCGUAAUGCAAUAAUGUAUCCAAACGAGCCGCACCGGGCCAAUAAUGGUGGCGAACAGUCCCAUGCUCAUGGCAGUAAAACAUCUGGUAGAAUAGAUAGCCCACAAUCGCAGCCCACAUAUAUUGAGGAAUAUUUUCAAAUUGGAGGAUUUAAGCUACCUUAUAUCCAUAGAGGGACGCUCCCAUUAUCGACAUCAAAAGAUAAUUCCUAUGCAGUCAGGUUUUUUGCGCAAAUUCCCGAUUAUACAACCAACCGAUUCUCCGAUAAAGAAUGUAGUGACGAUGGUGAUCCGGCGAUAAAUUCUGAAGACGAUUCAAGUAUCGACAGUGCAGAGGACGACCGUAAACCCAUAAAAAACACAAAGAAAGGGCUUCCGACGUUAAACAAUAAGAAAAUGCGCAAAGAGUGGAUUAAAGUAUACCGCGAAAAGAACUAUAAAUGCUGGAAAUCAUGGUGGAUGGAUUACAAAUGGUGCGGAGAUGCCAUCAACCAGGAGCUUGGCCAAUUCAAAAGUGUAAACCUGAAGCUCCGUUUUCUACAGAUUCCAUAUAAUCGAAAUAAAGGUAACUCUGAAGUGAUUGAUCGGGUCAUGAAAUCUGGACACUUUGCAUUGGAAAAAAAUUUAUCAAACUUUUACCGAAACAUGAAAGCCAUUUUUAAUAUGAUGAACGAAACUUUUCUGGAAAACUUGACUCCCCAACAAACGGAGCAAAUACAGAAUAUGAUACGAGGUGUACCAAAUCACAUAUGGCUAUAUAAAAUGCGCAGUAUGCUUUUCGUUUGGUGUAAAUACCGGGAAUACUCAAGACUACCGAACUCUGGAAGUAAACUUCGGAAAAUAAACGCAAAAUGGAAAAAGCCAGUAUUCCAUUGGCUUGCAAAGCAGGCCUUUGAAGAGAUAAAAAAAAUUAGCGAAAUAGCUUGGCCCGAGCACCAUCAAAUAUUUCCAGAAUUAAAAUAAAUCGCCAACGCACAACUAACAAGUUUCUGUAUUAAGAGCUUCAAAUUGAAUACCAAUGAAAAGUUCUUUAUAAACGUUUGCCAGGCCUCGGAGGUACCAGCUCCGAAAGAUGUGACCGAAGAGGAGCUUAUUGCUAUUUUGGAAUCAUCC